CGCUGCGGCUGGACUUUUUAAAGGCCUCAGUAAUAAAGCACAGGUAUUAGUUAGUUCUACAUACGUUGUAUCAUAAAACGUCCUUUGUAUAUAUGACAUUUCCUAAUUGCAGACAUUAAGAUUAUCAGUAACUGUACAAUAGACAUACUACAGUGUGCUGAUAGCAAUUAACGGUUCCCUCUGCAUUCAUCCUUUUCUUUUCUUGUUUGCUUUAUGUUGCUACUUUUAAGACUGGCUUAACUUUUAAGGUUUUCACUCAGACACAUUUAUUUAUACAGCACCUUUUUAAAGAAAAAUCAGUGCAAAAUGCUUUACAUAAGACCUAAAAUGAUAUGGGAAACUAAAGAAAGUACAAUAUAAACAAGACACAAAAUAGACCCUGAUAAACUGAGAGUUCAAGUCAAGCAUUAUUGAGACGUGGAGCAAAAAAAGCAAACAAAAACUGAAUGCCACCAUUUAUUGUUUAGUUUUGACUUUUGGAAUCAGAACUAAAGUGCAGAAUGGAAGAUCAGAAAUAAAUAAUAAUUGUAACCCCAAUGCACUUGAAGCUGCUAUAAAAAUGGUUAAACUGUUUUGAUGUGUUUUUUUCCUGCAGCUGUUUAAUAAACUUUACAGAGACCUGUACAGACUGUUACAGUAGAGAAGCCUUUUGAAAAUAAAUGCAUAGUUAUGUUUUUCUAAAUCUUUUCAUUCUUGAUCUGUUGUCAUUUUUGUUCUCGGCAGUGAUGUCAAAGAAGUAACACUGCCUCGAGAUUUGUUUUUCAUCUGUAUUCAGCCUUCCAACACUCUUCUGUCAGUUUUACCAGUGUGGCAUUUCUCAAUGCUGCUUCUUUCCUACCAGAAGUUUACACUCUAGCACCAAAAUAUCACUAAUAAAUGUAUUUUUGCAUGUCAGUCUGUUGGAAACUUUGAGAUACGCUGGUCUCCCUCCUAUGCACUUUUCUCAAGAACUAUAUGUACAAAGUAUUCCGGCUUAUCUUAGUUGGGACAAUGGCAUCAACAAGAUUUGCAAUCUUAGGAGGUAACAUUAUCAUCAAGGUCACUGAUAUAGAAGCAGAGGCAGGUGUGGAAGGGAAUAUCUGAAUAAAUGAUUCACUGGUAUUUAGUAGAACAGAUAAUCCAGCAUCCUGAGGUCACCAUAAAACAUACAAAAGCAUUUUGUUUCUGACAUGCAAGUUAUUGACGCGAUAGUGAACAGACCUGUGACCUGAACUCUCUGGUCAUCAGCGUCAAGGAGGCAGAGACUCAUUAACUGUUGUAAAAGAUUAAAAUACUAGAUACAGGAUGUUUUCAUCUUGAGAGAUCUUCUAGAGGUCACAGCACUAUGUCAGUGACAGCUCAUCAGAAUUCAACUCCAUAAGAUUUAAGAGCUUUUUGACACACACCAUAGCUCAUUCAAACAACUAAUAAAUUUUAAGACAAUCUCUAUCUGCUGAAAAGUAAACGUACAGAUAAUACAAGUGUUAUGAUCCUGCUCUAGCCCCUGCCCUUCUUUCCCGUCUUCCUCUUUUUCCUCCUUUCUCCCUUGAGUCCUGAGUUGUUUCUGCUUUGACCUGUCUCUCUUUGGCUCCCUCUGUCUGUCAUCUCUCCCUCAUGUCUCUCUCUCUCCCUGUUUCACCUGCCUGCAUUCUGCUACCUGCUGAUUACUACGAGUGUCACCUGCAGUAAUUAGUCCAUUCACCUGUUCUCCACCUCACCUCCACUUAUUUAAGCUCUGUCCUGUCAUUCACUCCCUGCCGGCUCAUCAACCCACAUGCCCUCAUGGACUCUGCUUUUAGACUCUGUUUUCCCCUCCACUGGAUUUCCCUCACUUGGACUCAGUUCUUCUUUUGGAUUCUCGCUAGCCCUGUUUUUGUCUCCAGCCAGUAGCUCCAGUCUCAUCUCCGUUCGCCCCAGAUUUCCUGAGUCUGCUUCCUUGCCCCUUCUGUUGUCAGUUCCCCCCAUCUUGUAAGUACCCCUCUUUAGCUUAGUUUUAGUUUAGUGAUCUUCUGUUUUUGAAUUCAUAGUGUUUGUUAGUAGUGGUUUGGUUUAGUUUUGUUUCCUCCCAGUUCGGUUCUCCUUUGAUGUAUUGCUUUAGUUUUCUGGCAUCAAUAAAGUCUUUCCUUAAUUCACAUUUCUGCCAGUCUCUCUGUGUCUGCGCCUGGGUUCUCCAGCUCCCUCCGUAACAACAAGACUGUAGCCCCACAGAACGCAGCUGAGUCAAGCCACCAGCCUUUUGUUUUUACAGCAUAUUUAAAACAGCCUUUGUUCCAACGUUUUUCUUGUACAUAAAGACUAGAAUUGGUGCUACAAAUUAAUAAAGUUUAUCUACUGGGGUCAAGACCCUAUAGCGUCAGUUAUUAUGUGAUUUAACCACAGUGAUUUACAUGUCAUGGAUGUCAAAAAUUCCCGAAAAUACUACUCUACCUGACUAUAGCACAGACCCUACAGUAUUGUAUGUCACGGAACUUAACCUAACAAUUAUAAAUAUUAGGGCUAAGAUCCUCCAGCAUUAUCAAUCAUUGUGAUUAAAUUGACCUACAAAAAUAUGCAUGAAAACCCAAUAAAUCCAAGUAUUACCAGCCGACUGCAAACUCUGGACAGUGGACGGCCAAAGUUGGACAUUAACAUCAACCACAAUCACAGUUACCUUUGACUUUGUGUUACGGCCAUACAAAAAGAACACUUGGUUCAUUCCAGUGACCAGCAGCAUGUGCAGAGGAUAGCACACCUGUGUUCCAACAUCCAUCCAUCCAUUAUCCAUACACUGCUUAAUCCUCUGUAAGGUUGUGGGGGAGGCUGGAGUCUAUCCCAGUUGACUUAUAGUGCAGGCAGGGGAUACCUUGGACAGGUCACCAGUCUACCACAGGCUACACAUAGACAGACAACCAAGCACACCUACAUUCACACCUAUGGACAGUUUGGAAUCACCAGUUAACCUCAGCAUGUUUUUGGACUGUGGGAGGGAGCUGGAGAACCAAGUCAAAAACCUGCACAGGGAGAACAUGCAAACUCCACACAGAAAGAUCCCAGGUCCAUCCCGCGAUGUGAACCGGGGAUUUUCUAGCUGUGAGGCAACCACCGAGCCACUGUGCUGCCUCCACUGCAAAAAUCUUGAGUGCAAAACUGAAAAAGACACGACAGUAGACUUAACCCUUCAUCGGGCAAAUGAUCAUAUUUGCUAACUUCCACACAUGUUAAAUAUGGCGUCGCUUCCGCCUCUCAGUGAGGUCGAGAAGCAUGUGAUUUCCACUCAGCCAAUCAGCGAAGAUCUCUCACCACCACUGUUCCCUCUAAGCUGAGCGCGUGCGCAAUUGCGCACUGCUGACACGGUCUCUGCGCACAGAAAAUCUGCGCUACGCACAAAAAAAAUAAAAAUCCAACCUAAAUUGUAAAUAAAAUAAACACGUAACAAUUCAUUCUGUGCUAUUUUUCAAUGUGAUUCAGUGAGUGACCGGUGACUGGCUGCUGCAGCCAAUGAUGCGAUUCACAUACGUAUUUACCAUAGACUGUAUAUAAUGGUAUUUACGCAGCUAAUCAACGUCAGGCGUCCUGAUGUGCAGCCACUGUUGUUCUCAUAGAUAUGAAUGAGUAGAUAGGACACGCUCCUUUGAGCUGCGUACUACAGCGAGGCUAAGCUAGUGGGGGAAAAGUUUCAGUGCAUUCCGUUGAUGUCGACAGCGUGAAAACGGAAACAACAAGUAUGCCGUCUCACUGUGCUGCAUACAGUUACACACUACGUCGUACGAUUGAGACAAGGAAACUUGGAAUGACUUUUCAUAGGUUUCCCAGAGACUAUGGGUUGAGGAGGAAUUGGAAGUUUGUCGGCUUAGACCUGGUGUCAUUCCAUCAGUGUUUAACUUCCCGGCUCAUCUUGGAAGAGUACGUGCCAGAAAGACCACGACCAAGCAGCCUUGAGAUCUUAGGCAGCGUCUCCCUGAGACCAAAGAACUACAGACUCUUCACAACCUGCUCAAACUCUUGGUACAGGACCUCACCACACGGGUCAAGAAGGGUAUGUCCAAAGAGCACAUAAUGGAAAUCCGCAGCAAGAACAUCAACCCGAUGACCAGUAAGAUCACUUACUACAAGAAGCCAGUGUUCAUCCACCAGGGACACAUGCAGUGGCUGUGGGAUAUGGAUGGGAGGCGAUAUCUGGAUCUGUUUGCAGGCGUCGCUACUGUGGCUGUGGGUCACUGCCACCCGAAGGUUACAGCGGCAGUAGAGAAGCAGCUGAAGAAACUGUGGCACACUACCAACAUCUACGUCAACGCUCCACUCCAUGAGUACUGUGAGAAACUGGCCUCCCACUUACCGGAUCCUCUUAAGGUGAUCUAUCUGACCAACAGCGGCUCAGAGGCCAACGACCUGGCGAUGCUGAUGGCUCGGAUCCACACAGGCAACUAUGAUAUCAUCACUUUCAGAGGGUCGUACCAUGGAGGCAGCCAACAGACUAUGGGUCUCACCUCCCAGUCGUCUUAUAAAUACCCCAUCGCCACAAGUUCAGGAUGCACACAUACCAUGUGUCCUGACGUGUUCAGAGGUCCGUGGGGAGGAAGCCACUGCAGGGACUCUCCUGUGCAGACCAUCAGACAGUGUAGCUGUGCUCAAGGUCAGUGCAUGGCAAAUGAACAAUACAUCGGACAGCUCAAAGAGACAUUUGCUGCGAGUGUCCCAAGCAGAGUUGCUGGUUUCUUUGGAGAGCCUAUUCAGGGAAUGGGAGGAGCAGUGCAAUACCCUAAAAACUACUUUAAGGAGGCCUACAAGCUUGUCAGAGAGAAAGGAGGAGUCUGCAUCGCUGAUGAGGUCCAGACUGGAUUUGGACGAACAGGAACCCACUUCUGGGGAUUCCAGGGUUAUGGAAUUCUUCCUGAUAUUGUGACAAUGGCUAAGGGCAUCGGCAACGGAUUCCCAAUGGCAGCUGUAGUUACAACACCAGAAAUUGCUGCUUCCUUUGCUAAAGCCUACCACUUCAACACCUUUGGAGGAAACUCUGUGGCCUGUGCUGUUGGUUCAGCAGUGCUCGAUGCUAUCAGAGAGGACGGCUUACAGCAGAAUUGCCAUCAUGUGGGCACUUAUCUGAUGACAGAGCUGGCCAAACUCAGAGACAAGCACAAGAUCAUCGGUGAUGUCCGUGGAAAAGGCCUGCAGAUUGGAGUGGAAAUGGUCAAAGAUAAGACCAGCAGAGAGCCGCUGUGUCCUCAGGCAAUGAUGGAAAUCUUUGAGGAUGUGAAGGACAUGGGAGUCCUGAUCGGGAAGGGAGGACUGUACGGACAGACUUUCCGCAUACAACCGCCCAUGUGCAUCACGACAGCAGACGUAGAUUUCUUCCUGGCAGUGUUUGACAAAGCCAUCCACAACUACAUGGACAGACAGUAAACGGGUCAGAGGAAGAAAAAUCAGCGACGAGGACUGAAGCUGGAAACGCACUCAGUAGCGAACGUCACUUUUGUAAAUCUCUAUAAAUGUUGUAAAUGUAACUAUCCAUCACGUCACCCUGUUAUUUCCUUUACAGCUUUGUUCUGCAUGUUAUAACUUAUGGAAAACACCUACACUACAAUCAGUUCAACCUUUUUUUUGUUCUUUUGCAGACCCAGUUAUUUAAGACUCUGAGGCAACACUGCUUUUCUAAUGAGGAAAACUUAUUUUAUACACGUGUAUUUCAUUUUGCUCCAUUUAGAUCCAAUGAAUAUGCAUUAAGAUUAUUAUGUGGUCAGCCCACACUUGCAGUGACAAUAUAUCCGACAGCAUAUGUUGAAUGAAAUGACUCAUGUUUUUACAGAUUUGAUAAUUGCAUCAUUUUGCUUUUCUGUCACAUUAAUAAAACAGCUUUAACAAGA